CUAACAUCAUAGGUUUAGUUGUUUAAGCCCCUGAAAAGACAGAAAGAAGACUGUGAUGUAUCCACAUUGGUUGAAGUGGAACUUAUUUGCUGCCAGUGUGCUGCUGCUCACAUUGAACCACAGCACCACUGCUGCUGUCAGCAUGAAGGAACACCUGGCUGAUUGUCUAGAGGACAAAGACUACGAUGAACUGCUGCAGACUGUGAAGAACGGCCUCUCGCACAUAAAUACAUCUCAUCAUGUUGUUAUUGUCGGAGCUGGCGUGGCUGGACUGACAGCUGCCAAGCUACUGCAAGACGCAGGACACAAGGUAACCAUAAUAGAGUCUAGUGGUCGUGUUGGAGGACGGGUGGAGACCUACAGGAAUGAGAAAGAGGGCUGGUAUGCUGAUCUGGGAGCCAUGAGGAUCCCAAGUACUCACCAAAUCGUCCGUUGGUUUGCUAAAAAGCUAAAGGUCAAGCUGAAUGAAUUCAUCAUGUAUGACCCCAACACCUUUUACUUGGUUAAUGGGUUGUUGAAGAAGACGUACACAGUGCAAAAUGACCCUGACGUUCUGAAGUACAACGUAACACCAAGUGAGAAAGGGAAGUCGGCCGACGAACUGCUACAAAAAGCUUUGCAGAAGGUGAAAGAUUAUGUGCAGACUCAUGGCUGCGAGGCUGCGCUGAAAAAAUAUGACCACUACUCCGUGAAGGAGUAUCUGAAAGAAGAAGGAGAUCUGAGUUCAGAAGCAAUAAGGAUGAUUGGAGACCUUCUUAACGAAAAGAGCCAUAUGUACACAGCGCUGACUGAGAUGAUCUAUGACCAGACUGACAUCAAUGACAACGCUAAGUACGAGGAAGUGACUGGUGGAUCAGACCUUCUCCCGAAAGCUUUUCUUAAUGUCCUGAAUGUUCGCAUUCUCCUUAACUCCAAGGUCAAACGCAUCAGCCAGUCAAAUAAAGGUGUAGUAGUAUCGUACCAGAAAGGACAACAGUCUUCUUUUACUAGCCUUUCCGCUGACGUUGUCCUGGUAACAACCACAGCCAAAGCAGCCCUCUUCAUUGACUUUGAUCCACCUCUCUCCAUCGAAAAGAUGGAGGCACUGAGGGCAGUCCACUACGACAGCUCCACUAAAAUCAUUCUCACCUUCAGCAAGAAGUUCUGGGAGAAGGAUGGCAUCAGAGGAGGAAAGAGCAUCACCGACUGGCCCUCCCAUUUCAUCUACUACCCCAGCCAUAGUUUCAAAUCCAAUAAGAACAUUGGCGUCCUCCUGGCCUCCUACACCUGGUCUGACGAAUCCCUCCUCUUCUUAGGUGCAAGCGAUGAAGACCUGAAAGAGCUGGCUCUGAGAGAUUUGGCAAAGAUCCACGGCGAGAGGGUCAAAUCUCUCUGCACAGGGGUGGUGGUGAAGAGGUGGAGUGCGGAUCCUCACAGCUUGGGUGCCUUUGCUCUCUUCACACCCUACCAACAUGUAGAGUACUCUGAGGAGCUCUUCAGAAGUGAAGGCAGGGUGCACUUUGCAGGUGAACACACAGCUUUUCCUCACGCUUGGAUCGAGACAUCAAUGAAAUCUGCAGUCAGGGCUGCUACCAACAUUAACAAAGAGUCAGCUAGAAUGUGACACCAUGACAAGCUCUAGGGUCUA